AUGGAUCCUGCUGCCCAGUGGAUUGCUGAAAAGGAGAUGGCUAGCUCGGCAAAUGAUUCCGGGAACACUGACAGCAGUAGCUCUCGCAGAAGUUGCAGCCCCAGCCGCUCUUAAAGAAAGAGGAGGGUAUCUGAGUCUUACAGAAGUGAGCGGCGGACAUCAUCCGGUACAGCUUUUGUAGACAGGCUGCCACAGGCGGUUAGAAGUAGUGUGCAGGCGCUCAGAAAUCUUCAGCAAAUAAACGCGCUGUUCCUAAAAGCAAUUCAUGAUCUCAAAAGAUAAGACAGAUAAGCCUAUCUGCGACAGUUUCAAAUAAUCAGUGCAGAAUGUGAGCCGUCAGAAAAAGAAUGUGAAUGAAGUCAAGAUAAGGAGUUCAGCAGUAAUGGGAAAGAGGUAAAUGGUGAGUCUCAUAACAGACUCCCUAAGAAAGGCCUAAAGAAAGUGAAUCUGAAAAUAUCUUAGAAGGGAAAACCUAAAAGGGAAGAUCCCAGAGGCAAUCCUGCCUACUGGCUGACAGCUUCAAAGAAUGCUGACAAGCUUGUUCAGAAGUAUGAUGAAUCCAUUCUGAUGUUCUUAUCUGAUAUUCCCCUGAAGGUCUCUUAGCCUGACCAGCCUAUAAGUUACACCUUUGAAUUUCAUUUCUUAUCCAAUCCAUACUUCAGAAACGAACUGGUGAUGAAGAGAUAUAUAAUGAGUUCAAAACCAGAGCACAAUGAUCCCUUCUUUACUUGGAGGUAAGAAAAUGAAGAUUACAAAAGCUGUGAGAUAGAUUGGAGCACAGGAAAGGAUGUUACUGUUACUGGCACUCAGUCACACCACUGAGUCACACAACUGCUUUUGGAGGAAGGGGGGAAUGAAACUAACACUUCAUUAUUUAAUUUCUUUAGUUCUCCUGACAUUUCUAAGACUGGAAAGCCAAAACCACAAGGAGGUGCCAUCCUUAAUGAGGACUUUCACAUUGGUCAAAUUUUACAUAAUGGUGUCCAGAAAUCCACCUAUUAGUAUACAGAAAUAAGCAGUAUGCACAUUCAGACAGCAAAGAUAAUGGAAACUGUGCAUACCACAAAUAAAAAUGAGGCAAGCUGA